CGCUCCUAGCGGAGAGAUUUGUAACUGCAAUUAAUAGACCUCAGCCCGGUCAUUUUUGCGACUGUUUUACUACGACGGAUUUUCCUCCUUACUUCUAUUCUCCAAGGGUCAUAACAUAAUAUUGAAAAUGAAAAUAGUGUCAUGUUAACCGACUUAACCGUCUCUGUUUUAUUAAUUAAACGAUGUAACUAUGGAAUAUCCUAGUUGUAGGAUUUGCCACUGCGCAUUAAAUUUUGAUGUGGUGUCUGUUGGUUCAAAGGGACGAAAAUCGUUAAUUGCAGCAAGUAUCAGGCGUGGCGAUGAAAAAUUUGUAUCGUCUGAGGAAAAUGUACAAGUGCAUACCAAGUGCCGAGCUAUAUAUAUAAAUGAACGAUGUAUACAAAGUGCAGAAAAAAAGAAACCAUCGCGACAAAAUUCCAUUCAAAACGUUUUAUUUGACUACCAAAAACAGUGUUUGUUGUGCGAAGGAGAUGCUUCAGAGAAUUUUAUUCGGAAACAAACCAGGAAACGCCAAGGUGAAAGGACUUUGGUUUGCACGGUGACAAAACAAAAGACUGCUGAAACUAUUAUUCGUACCUGCUUAGACGGAAUUACGGACGAACACAAGGAGAAGGUCAAACAAAGAGUUUUCAACAAGGACCUUGUUACACUGAACGCAAGAUAUCACAAGCCAUGCUAUUCAAAGUUACUGAGUCACAAAAAUGCUACACAUGGUAAAAGAGGUCGACCAGUUUUGGAAGAUAUACAAGAUCAAAUGGAACGUGUAUAUGAAUACAUCGACAGUAAUAUGGAUGACGCUCAAUUUACGAUCGAAGAGCUUCGGAAAGUCGUAAAUGUGGACUUACCGGGAAACAGAACUAUAAAGCGGAAAUUAAUGGAACAUUACGGAGAAAACGUAUCAGUAGUAGAAUCAAAAGGAAAUCAAUUAGUAUUUUGUAUAAUGUCUAAUGCUAAAUUAACAUUAGAAGAAAAGUGGUAUAACAACAAACAAAAGGACGAUCAAAUGGAGCGAAUGCGAAUUGUUUGCACUGCCGCGAACAUUGUUUUAGAAGACAUUAGAUCACCUAUUUACGAAACGUCGUAUUAUCCUCCUCCUUCCUCUUUUCUACAAAAAGUUGAUGAUCCAGUUCCACAAACACUAAAGAAUUUUGUAGAAAUUAUAGUGACCAAAUAUAAAAACAACCCGGAAAAAUCCGAAAACUCGGUGGUGGCUUUGUGCCAUUCGAUGAUGCAAGCUGCACGUCCCCGGUCUUUCAAAAGUCCGCUACUGUUAGGUAUUAGCAGCAUCAUCCAUCAUAAGUACGCCUCUAGAACCUUGAUAGAUUUAUUAUCGUCACUUGGAUUCUGUGCCUCGUAUUACGAAGUGACAAAGUUUGAAAACUCUGUUAUUUUUCACCCGCAGACAGAGGAAGAGCCGGCAUUCAAACAAUUUGUUUUUGACAAUGCUGACUGCAAUAUGCAAACAAUUGAUGGAAAUCACACUUUUCAUUCAAUGGGUGGCAUUCAGUGCAAUACACCAAAAGAUUUUUCAAAAGAUGUGCCUAUAUUGAAACUGGAUAAAAUACCCAAAGCUGCAGUGAUCGGCAAAUACGGUAAUGUAUCAUUACAGCAUUACCUUAACAGAGGCCUCCCAGGACUUAAAAAGGUGACACUGAAAGAUUAUACGAAUGAGCCUCCAAUACUUCCUACGAAAGGCGAUGCUUUGUGGAUAUUUGGAAAAAGUGGAUCCUUUAUGCAAGAUGAAAUACCUGGAUGGAAUUCCUUCAUGGGUGAUUUUACGAAAGUUGAUAAGGAAUAUGCAGUUUCGGGUAUUCAGCCUCUACCCUUUAUUAAUCACCAACCAUCGGACCUUGACACUGUGUACACAGCACUGAGAGAAGCCCAGCAAAGAUCUAAUGGAUUAUGCAUUGUAUCAUUCGAUCAACCGCUGUACCAAAAGGCUCAGAAAAUUGUUAAAGCUAAUCCGGAGAUGGAUAACGUAAUACUGCGGCUGGGGGAUUUCAUCUGUUGAUGUCGUUUAUGGGGGCCAUUGGUUAUAUCAUGUCAGGCAGUGGAUUGAAAGAAUUAUGGUGUACUGUAUACGCAGCUAUCUCUACAGAAAAAAUGAUGACAGGCCAUUCUUACGCUCGGGCUGUUAGGGCACAUUUUCUCACACGAGCAGCGCUCUUCAAAAUUAUUUUUCCAAAGCUCAAUUUGACGCUUGACGAGCAAUUGGAUCUGGACCAGGUCUUAUAUGGAGACUACAGAGGUUGCGAAAAAUCUGUUGAAAAUUACCAGGCGGAAUUGGCUAAGACCCUCGAUUCGUUAGCAAAACAUGGUCCGACGGCAAAACUGUGGGUGGAAUAUUUCAGAAUGACGACUCUCGUAGCUCAAUUCAUUGAAGCUGAAAAAUCGGGCAACUGGAACUUACAUAUAUCAAGUGUCAAGAAAAUGCUACCAUAUUUUUACGCAAGUGGUCAUUUCUUGUACGCUAAAUCUGCUACAUUAUACUUGCAAGACAUGGAAGAUAUUCAUUUAAAAAUGACUCACGAAGAAUUCGUAAACUUCACGACUAAUGGAUAUUUUACAAUACGAAGAACAGAUAAGUUUUGGGCUGGUGUUUGGUCGGACCAAACAAUUGAACAGACUUUGAUGAGGUCUAUGAAAAGUUCAGGUGGAUUGACACGCGGAAGGGGCAUGACCGAUAGCGUACUGGCCAAAUGGAUUUUAUCAACGCCCGUUUUGAGUACUGUAGCAGAACAAGUGGAAAGCUUCUGCCAAAUCCAUCCCUUUUCCACUGCACAAAUACAACACGUAGACGGAAGUGAUGCUAUGUUAAAAAAAGAUAAUGAGGAUCUAAAAAAAUUUUCAGAAUGGUUACAACAUCGAGAACCAUUCAGACAAUCCGAAAAACUUGUUUCAUUGAGCACAGGCAUAGUAGGUGGCAGUGACACUAACUGUUUUGACGCAUCAAGUAUUGGUAAGCAGAUAAUGCAAGAAAAAGUGGGUGAAAAUUUUGAAGACCUAACUUUUCAAAGAAAAAACGAGUGCUACCGUUAUCUUCAGUUAAAUCUGCUGUCAAAAUCGACGAUGAUAGAGUUUCAAUAGAACCUGAAACAAUAUUUAGACGUAUUUGUUUCGCAAAAAAAGAUCAAGAAGAGCUAAAAAGAAUUUUCGAAUAUGAACUUGCUCCUUACCCGCUUUCAUUAUUCGACGAAAAUGGAAUGCGCAAAACAAAAAAAUCUGUUCUCUAUGAUCUUUGCUCACCAAGUGGUGAAGUUAUUCUGGACACCGAUUCAAUAUUGAACGUCAUUGAUGGUGGUUUCCUCCUGCACAAAGUCGUCUGGAAAAAGGAAUGACAAUUCAGGCCAUUGGACGCACAUACAUAAAUUAUGUCAAAAAACAUUUUAAAAAUGCUAUUGUUGUUUUCGAUGGUUACGAAUGCAACGAGUCAAACACCAAAUACGUUGAAAGAAGACGAAGGACAAAGAACCAAUACAGUCCCGAUGUGCUAUUUGAAAGAGAUAGCGUUAUAACGACGAGCCAAGAAAUAUUUCUGGCAAAUGAAAAAAAUAAGGAUAGAUUAAUCAAAUACUUAAUUACGGAGUUUCAAAACUCAAACAUUGCCGCUGAACAAAGCUCUGGUGACGCUGAUACAUUAAUUGUAAAUACAGCACUACAAAACUGCCACAAGUUUGAUAAGACGCUUAUAAUAGGCGAAGACGUCGAUUUAUUAGUCAUUUUGUGUGGACUAUCGGAAGAACGAAACGUAUUUCUUAUGAAGCCCGGUCGAGGGAAAGUUCCGACGAAAUAUUAUGCGACUGACUGUUUCAACAGCAAAGAAAUCAAAGAUAAUAUAUUCUUUAUUCAUGCUGUAAGCGGAUGUGACACUACAUCAGCAAUUUUCCGGCAAGGUAAAAAAAAGUAGCCAAUUUGGUUAAAAAUGUCCCGUCCCUAGAACAACUGAUCUCAAUUUUCAAAGACCGUGAUGCCAUUCCGUGUGAUUUAAUGGCUGCAGGAGAACAGUUUUUACGGCAUUUGUAUGGAGAUGAAGAACAAAAUUUAAAUCAAAUUAGAUACAACCACUUUGCGAGAUCUGUAACAAAAAGCAAAUUUAAUCUUGCGUGCUUGCCACCUUCGAUGGAAGCUGCCCGCCAACACAUUUACAGGACCUAUCACCAAAUACAAAAAUGGUACUCGAUUGAAAAACCUCCAGGCGAAUGGGGUUGGAAAUCAAGUGGUAAUAAUUUACAGCCUGUGAUGACCGUCAUCGAUCCCGCGCCAGUACAUAUUUUGAGUAUGAUUUCCUGUAAGUGUAAAACGAUCUGCAAACAUAACUGCACCUGCAAAAAAUCAGGACUGAAAUGCUCAGUGCUUUGCGUUAAUUGUGACGGCAGAGUGUGUCAUGGAAUUGAUGACGCAGAAUAUGUCGAUGAUGCUUGCAUUGAGAACCUGACUGGUUGUAACACAGACGGUGAUCCUUUGGACACCGAUGCUAUUUUAAAUGACGAUGAUAUUUCAAAUGACGAUGAUAUUUCAAAUAACGAUGAUAUUGUAAAUGACGAUGAUAUUUCAAAUGACGAUAAUAUCAUAAAUGACGAUGAUAUUUUAAAUGACGAUAAUGUUUUAAAUGACUAUUAUUAUAAGUUGCCAGAAGCCAAUUAUUGAACAUAGUUAUCUCCGAAUUCUGGCCUUUUCAUGCUGACCAAUUCUGAUUCUUCUGAUUAUUCAAAUACUUAUCAGGCAACUUAUUGUCAUCGCCAUUUAACACAUUCACUGCCAGGAACCACUAGUAGGCGCUUGUGAACUUUACUUAGAUGCCGGACAACGGUGUCUAAAGGAUCUCUGUGUGGGUUACGUUACAUCCAGUCGUUAUCAGCAUACGUCACACUCCAGCGGGCAUUUUGCGAGCACGUCAGAUGGUUGGGUUCACAUUUUCGAGUAGUCGGAUUAAGGUAUUUGUACUGUGUAUGAUGGUAAUUAAUAUCUUUAGUGUCAAUUUUCACAAGUUUAGAAUUUUUUUUGAUUUGUUUGUUUUUGUCGAUAAAUGCCAAUCAACAUUAUACUUUUUGGGCUUUAUAUUAAUUUUACAUUUAACUUUGUUAAAAAUACUAAGUACCUCUUUCUUCUUCCUACCCUUAAACCACGGUAUGUGUGGUCGAUACAACUCGUCUUCCUCUUCCAUUCUUCUCUAUCUUUUGUCAUUUCAGCACUCCCUUCUUUCUCAUAUCCUCUUUCACACGAUCUAUCCUUUCUUGUUCUGCAGUAAUCUCUUUCACGAUCUCACUCACCACUUACCUAUAAUUAUACUCGCAAUUUAAAUUUAUUAUGUUAACCUUACCAUCUGACUUGCCCGCAAAAUACCCCUGGAGUGCGACGUUUUAGACGUUUGGUGAUCGAUACAUAAUCUUUUUCUUUACAUUUGAUUGUUGUCCUUUAGAUAGCCUUAUUAUAUUAUUAUGAUGCUCUCACGCUGGAUGUUAUAAAUGUUAUAUAACAUUGUGUGACAGGGAUAACGCGAUUGCAUUGACGUUAUGCUGUUCGUGUGGGCGUUACGCAGCCAGCGUGGGAGCACCAUUAGUGCAAGUGUUAGUUAUAAUUGGCUUGUAUGUCUAAACGUUGCAGUGAAACAACGAUUCCAAACUAAACUCGAAAGAUUAAUGUCUAUAUUUUUAAUAUCAUAUCGAGCAUAAUAAUUUUCUAUUAAGUGUAGGUAAUUGUUAAUAGCGAAAGUUUUGAUAAUUUAUUGUUUAAAAAUGUUUAUUUGUGACGGUUUUCAGUAAAAAUCUGAUCAGAUCGCCGAUCAGUUCAUAAAAAACAUGACGGAAUCUGCUGGUACCUAUUUUUAUAGGAAUUAUCUGUUAGAGGAUUUUUAUGAUUAACCGAACGGAUUUAGUCAAGUGCACAAAAUGAAACUUUAAGACUGUUGAUUGUAUUUAAUUGUUAUUAUUAUAUUAAGCGUAACGUGUAACUGUGUUGUAGAGAAAUCGGAUUUAGUCAAGUGCAAAAAAUGAAACUGUAAGACUGUUGAUUGUAUUUAAUUGUUAUUAUUAUAUUCAGCGUAACGUGUAACUGUGUUGUAGAGAAAUCGGAUUUAGUCAAGUGCAAAAAAUGAAACUUUAAGACUGUUGAUUGUAUUUAAUUGUUAUUAUUAUAUUCAGCGUAACGUAUAACCGGUGUAACUGUGUUGUAGAGAAAUAUAAUUCAGAAUUCAGUGCACAAAAUAAAUCUUUAAGACUGUUGAUUGUAUAAAUAUGUUUAAUAAGGGACCCAAUGACGAC